AUGAAUGGUUUGGAGCCUCCUCCACCAGAUUUGGCCAAUGAAGCCAACCAUGGUGAUGGUUUCAUUCAAACUUAUAAAGCUUGGAAGGGCAGCAAUGUAUUUGUUUUGGGGGGAAGGCUUAUAUUUGGACCUGAUGUGAGAUCCCUUUUCUUCACCAUCUUCUUAAUUGCUGCUCCUGUUGCUGUCUUCUGUGUCUUUGUAGCAAGAAAGUUGAUGGAUGAUUUUCCUCAUCACUUGGGAAUUUCCAUAAUGGCUGUCGCUGUGGCUCUCACUUUAUGUGAUAUAGUUCUUCUUCUACUAACCUCAGGAAGAGAUCCUGGUAUAAUUCCACGAAACUCUCACCCUCCUGAGCCAGAAGGUUAUGAAGGAAUUUCUGAAUUUCGGCCUGGCCAAACUCCACCAUUACGUUUACCCCGUACGAAGGAUGUGGUUGUCAAUGGUAUAAGUGUAAAGAUCAAGUAUUGUGAUACUUGUAUGCUGUAUAGACCUCCCCGAUGUUCCCACUGUUCAAUAUGCAAUAAUUGUGUGGACAGAUUUGACCACCACUGCCCUUGGGUUGGUCAGUGUAUUGGACUGCGGAAUUACAGGUUCUUCUUCAUGUUUGUCUUCUCUGCAACUCUUCUUUGCUUAUAUGUGCAUGGAUUUUGCUGGGUGUAUAUCAGGAGAAUCAUGGAUGGUGAGGAGACAACAAUAUGGAAAGCAAUGACUAAAACUCCUGCCUCCAUUGUGCUACUAGUCUACACCUUCAUUUCAGUCUGGUUUGUUGGUGGACUAACUGUCUUCCAUUUGUAUCUAAUCAGUACAAACCAGUCUACUUACGAAAACUUUAGAUACCGGUAUGAUUGUCGUGAGAAUCCAUAUAACAAAGGGGUAAUUGAGAACUUCACGGAGAUAUUCUGCACCAGUAUUCCUCCAUCCAAGACAAAUUUCAGGGCAAAGAUUCCAAAAGAACCUGCAAUCUCACCUAGAACAGUGAGUGGAGGUUUCAUCAGUCCAAACAAGGGGAAAGCCGUUGGUGACAUAGAAAUGGGGAGGAAGCCAGUUUGGGAUGAAGCUUUAGGAGAGGCAGGUGAUCAUGAAGGACAACUUAGUGGUGAUGGUAUGGACAAAGACAGUGGAUUGCCUGAUGUGUCUCCCGACUUAAGCAGGAUCCUUCCCCCAGAGAGCAUAGAGGGACGUGGUGUCAUGAAUCAUCCUAGGCGUUCUAGUUGGGGAAGAAAUAGUGAAAAAUGGGAAAUAUCACCUGAGAUUCUUCCUUUAUCCAGAGUUGGAGAGUCGAAGAGGAUGAAUGGUAGGAGCAAUGCUGAAUCCACGAAUGGGAAUCAACAAUUUGAAACAAAAUCCUGAAAUGUAAAUUAAACAGGAGGAAAAUAUUAUAAAAGGUUCCUUUUUUUUUUUUUUCGUUUUUGUCUCUGAAAGAAGACGAAAAUGAAAAAGAAGGGGAAAACGUGGUGUGGGUUUGGGUGGGAUGUUGAUUGGAGACUAAUGGUUUUAGGUUGUUAAUCUUUCAAUUUGCUAAACUGUGUUUGUAGUGUGCCAUUUGUUUUGUUAACACGAGUUUCUGGGGCAGUUUUAUUCCUCCCCUAAGAAAGAAGAAUCCCUGCACGAGUUUUUCUUUUAUCCCCA